UGCCUUUUGCUUUUGUAGUCAAGCCCUCAAAACAAAAGGUGUAUGAGAGAGAAGGUUCUUAAGCUUUAGAAAAUCCAACUCUGUGUUUUUUUUUCUUUCCUUCUUUCUAUCUCGUAUAAACUGCUUACAGCAGGUUACUUAAAUUAACAAAGGCUCUUAAAGGUGAGUACCCUAGCUGCUUUUCCUUUAUCUCACUGGCUUCAGUUAAAGUAGCGACUACAGAGAGCGAUUUCUGGUGAUUUCCAUGGUUAAAGCAGCAGAUAUAUAGCUAGCCGCGGGGAUAUGAGUAGCAAGCUGUUGUUCCGAGCUGAUAAAUUGAAGAAAGAUUUUAAGAGUUAUACGUUUGGGAGAAGGAAGAUAUAAUAUAGCAUCAGCUGUGUGAUCGAAAACGAGCCAUGACUACUAAGAGUAAUAUGGCUUCCAUCAGCAGCUCUAAUCUCAUCGAUGCAAAGCUUGAAGAGCAUCAGUUGUGUGGAUCCAAGCAGUGCCCUGGGUGUGGACACAAGCUGGAAGGAAAGCCGGAUUGGUUAGGUCUACCAGCAGGAGUGAAAUUUGAUCCAACAGACCAAGAGCUUAUAGAACACCUUGAAGCGAAGGUAGAGGCCAAAGACAUGAGGUCUCACCCUCUGAUAGAUGAGUUUAUCCCUACAAUCGAAGGGGAAGAUGGGAUUUGUUAUACCCAUCCUGAGAAACUUCCAGGAGUCACAAGAGAUGGGCUAAGCAGGCAUUUCUUCCACAGACCUUCGAAAGCUUACACAACUGGAACAAGAAAGAGAAGAAAAAUUCAAACCGAAUGUGACUUGCAAGGUGGAGAAACUAGGUGGCACAAAACAGGCAAGACAAGGCCAGUAAUGGUGAAUGGGAAACAAAAAGGGUGCAAGAAAAUCCUAGUCCUCUACACCAAUUUUGGCAAAAAUCGAAGACCCGAAAAGACUAAUUGGGUCAUGCAUCAGUACCACCUUGGUCAGCAUGAAGAAGAGAAAGAAGGAGAGCUUGUGGUUUCUAAGAUAUUCUAUCAGACACAGCCAAGGCAAUGCAAUUACACUGAUAGAAGUGCAACCCUUGGUGAAGGAAGCAGCGACCCUAGCAGCAGAAGAGACAGUGGUAGUGGGAGUUGUUCUUCUAAAGAAAUAAUUCCUCAAAGAGACGAAAUCUCAGGAACUGGGCCAGUUGCUGCGUCAAUAUCAAGUUGCACUGCCUUGGAUAUUCAUCAAUUGAAAUCUGAUCAUUUUGGCUUUACUCCGUUCAGGAAGAGCUUCGAUGAGGUGGGGAUAAGAGAGGCUUCAGUAGCAAGGGAAGCCUCGGCGUCAGGCACAUGCGAUGAGAUUCAGGAGCAGCAUCAGAGGCCACAUCAUGUGGCCCAUGAUCCCCAUCAACAACAGCAGCUGCAGCAGCACCACCACCACCAGACGGUGCAUCACCAGAUUGCGACGGCGGCCUUCCACAUCAGCAGGCCUUCCCAUCCGAUCUCCACCAUCAUCUCUCCACCUCCCCUCCACCACACCUCCAUCAUUCUUGAUGAGGACCCAUAUCAUGUAUCCAGACUAAUGCUUCAAAACGAAAUCCAGCAACAGCAGCACCAACAGCAGCAGCAGCAUCAUCAUAAACUUGGAGGGAGGUCUGCAUCUGGUUUGGAGGAACUCAUAAUGGGUUGCACUUCAACUGAUGUAAAAGAAGAGUCAUCCAUUACAAACCCGCAAGAGGCAGAGUGGUUGAAGUACUCUUCCUUCUGGCCAGACCCUGACAACCAGGAUCAUCAUGGGUAGGACCAGAGAAUAAACAAAACCCUUACGGACACUAUCAUUAUCGUUGCCAUCAUCAUGAUUGCUUGAAGCUACCCUUAUGUUCUUUUCUAUAAGAGGACCAAGAGAUCAUCUUAUGUGGUCGCUCUUUUACUUUAUUAUUACAUGCCUAUAGGUUGGUCUAGUGGCUCUCAACUGAACUAACUGUUCAACAGUCCAUGUUGGAAAGAAAGAAAAGAAGAAGAUAACAAAGAAAGAAAGAAAAAGGAAACCAAGAAAGGCUGCUCUCUACUGACAAUAUAGAAGGACAAACAAAGACCCAAAGCAAAAUCUUCGUACAUGAAAAUCAUCACCAUCAUGAUUACGCUAUCAUCCUUUACGUGCCGGUACUUAUUAUUUUAUUUUUUAACACCUCCUGCAUAAGUUCUUUUAUUGUUAUUAGAACAGAACUAUAUAUAUAUAGCGAAUAGGUUGUGCAAAUUGCAGGAAAAACUUUGUUAAUUUAUUCUGCUUAUUUCGUCUUAAAGUAAAAGUAUAACUCUCUUCUCAGCAAUGAAAAAUGUGUUUAUGAUUUGUUUA